AACGCGGGAACUCGGGAGCUGCGCGGGUCCCGGAGGCCCCGGCGGCGGCUAGAGCUCUAGGCUUCCCCGAAGCCUUGGCGCCUGGGAUGCGGGCGCGGGCGCGGGCCCUAGGGUGCAGGAUGGAGGUGCCGGGCGCUGUCGGAAGGGGGUCUUCACGUCACUCCGGGUCCUCCCGGCCGGUCCUGCCAUAUUAGGGCUUCCUGCUUCCCAUAUAUGGCCAUGUACGUCACGACGGAGGCGGGCCCGUGCGGUUCCAGACCCUUCAAAUAGAGGCGGAUCCGGGGAGUCGCGAGAGAUCCCAGCGCGCAGAACUUGGGGAGCCGCCGCCGCCAUCCGCCGCCGCAGCCAGCUUCCGCCGCCGCAGGACCGGCCCCUGCCCCAGCCUCCGCAGCCGCGGCGCGUCCAAGCCCGCCCGCGCCCAGGGCGAGUCGGGGUCGCCGCCUGCGCGCUUCUCAGUGUUCCCCGCGCCCCGCAUGUAACCCGGCCAGGCCCCCGCAACUGUGUCCCCUGCAGCUCCAGCCCCGGGCUGCGCCCCCCCGCCCCGACACCAGCUCUCCAGCCUGCUCGUCCAGGAUGGCCGCGGCCAAGGCCGAGAUGCAGCUGAUGUCCCCGCUGCAGAUCUCUGACCCGUUCGGAUCCUUUCCUCACUCGCCCACCAUGGACAACUACCCUAAGCUGGAGGAGAUGAUGCUGCUGAGCAACGGGGCUCCCCAGUUCCUCGGCGCCGCCGGGGCCCCAGAGGGCAGCGGCAGCAACAGCAGCAGCAGCAGCAGCGGGGGCGGUGGAGGCGGCGGGGGCGGCAGCAACAGCAGCAGCAGCAGCAGCACCUUCAACCCUCAGGCGGACACGGGCGAGCAGCCCUACGAGCACCUGACCGCAGAGUCUUUUCCUGACAUCUCUCUGAACAACGAGAAGGUGCUGGUGGAGACCAGUUACCCCAGCCAAACCACUCGACUGCCCCCCAUCACCUAUACUGGCCGCUUUUCCCUGGAGCCUGCACCCAACAGUGGCAACACCUUGUGGCCCGAGCCCCUCUUCAGCUUGGUCAGUGGCCUAGUGAGCAUGACCAACCCACCGGCCUCCUCGACCUCAGCACCAUCUCCAGCGGCCUCCUCCUCCUCCGCCUCCCAGAGCCCACCCCUGAGCUGCGCAGUGCCAUCCAACGACAGCAGUCCCAUUUACUCAGCGGCACCCACCUUCCCCACGCCGAACACUGACAUUUUCCCUGAGCCACAAAGCCAGGCCUUCCCGGGCUCGGCAGGGACAGCGCUCCAGUACCCGCCUCCUGCCUACCCUGCCGCCAAGGGUGGCUUCCAGGUUCCCAUGAUCCCCGACUACCUGUUUCCACAGCAGCAGGGGGAUCUGGGCCUGGGCACCCCAGACCAGAAGCCCUUCCAGGGCCUGGAGAGCCGCACCCAGCAGCCUUCGCUAACUCCUCUGUCUACUAUCAAGGCCUUUGCCACUCAGUCGGGCUCCCAGGACCUGAAGGCCCUCAAUACCAGCUACCAGUCCCAGCUCAUCAAACCCAGCCGCAUGCGCAAGUACCCCAACCGGCCCAGCAAGACGCCCCCCCACGAACGCCCUUACGCUUGCCCAGUGGAGUCCUGUGAUCGCCGCUUCUCCCGCUCCGACGAGCUCACCCGCCACAUCCGCAUCCACACAGGCCAGAAGCCGUUCCAGUGCCGCAUCUGCAUGCGCAACUUCAGCCGCAGCGACCACCUCACCACCCACAUCCGCACCCACACAGGCGAAAAGCCCUUCGCCUGCGACAUCUGUGGGAGAAAGUUUGCCAGGAGCGAUGAACGCAAGAGGCAUACCAAGAUCCACUUGCGGCAGAAGGACAAGAAAGCAGACAAAAGUGUUGUGGCCUCUUCGGCCACCUCCUCUCUCUCUUCCUAUCCAUCCCCGGUUGCUACCUCUUACCCGUCCCCGGUUACUACCUCUUAUCCAUCCCCGGCCACCACCUCAUACCCAUCCCCUGUGCCCACCUCCUUCUCCUCUCCCGGCUCCUCGACCUACCCAUCCCCUGUGCACAGUGGCUUCCCCUCCCCGUCGGUGGCCACCACGUACUCCUCUGUUCCCCCUGCUUUCCCGGCCCAGGUCAGCAGCUUCCCUUCCUCAGCUGUCACCAACUCCUUCAGCGCCUCCACAGGGCUCUCGGACAUGACAGCAACCUUUUCUCCCAGGACAAUUGAAAUUUGCUAAAGGGAAAGGGGAAAGAAAGGGAAAAGGGAGAAAAAGAAACACAAGAGACUUAAAGGACAGGAGGAGGAGAUGGCCAUAGGAGAGGAGGGUUCCUCUUAGGUCAGAUGGAGGUUCUCAGAGCCAAGUCCUCCCUCUCUACUGGAGUGGAAGGUCUAUUGGCCAACAAUCCUUUCUGCCCACUUCCCCUUCCCCAAUUACUAUUCCCUUUGACUUCAGCUGCCUGAAACAGCCAUGUCCAAGUUCUUCACCUCUAUCCAAAGAACUUGAUUUGCAUGGAUUUUGGAUAAAUCAUUUCAGUAUCAUCUCCAUCAUAUGCCUGACCCCUUGCUCCCUUCAAUGCUAGAAAAUCGAGUUGGCAAAAUGGGGUUUGGGCCCCUCAGAGCCCUGCCCUGCACCCUUGUACAGUGUCUGUGCCAUGGAUUUCGUUUUUCUUGGGGUACUCUUGAUGUGAAGAUAAUUUGCAUAUUCUAUUGUAUUAUUUGGAGUUAGGUCCUCACUUGGGGGAAAAAAAAAAAAAGAAAAGCCAAGCAAACCAAUGGUGAUCCUCUAUUUUGUGAUGAUGCUGUGACAAUAAGUUUGAACCUUUUUUUUUGAAACAGCAGUCCCAGUAUUCUCAGAGCAUGUGUCAGAGUGUUGUUCCGUUAACCUUUUUGUAAAUACUGCUUGACUGUACUCUCACAUGUGGCAAAAUAUGGUUUGGUUUUUCUUUUUUUUUUUUUGAAAGUGUUUUUUCUUCGUCCUUUUGGUUUAAAAAGUUUCACGUCUUGGUGCCUUUUGUGUGAUGCGCCUUGCUGAUGGCUUGACAUGUGCAAUUGUGAGGGACAUGCUCACCUCUAGCCUUAAGGGGGGCAGGGAGUGAUGAUUUGGGGGAGGCUUUGGGAGCAAAAUAAGGAAGAGGGCUGAGCUGAGCUUCGGUUCUCCAGAAUGUAAGAAAACAAAAUCUAAAACAAAAUCUGAACUCUCAAAAGUCUAUUUUUUUAACUGAAAAUGUAAAUUUAUAAAUAUAUUCAGGAGUUGGAAUGUUGUAGUUACCUACUGAGUAGGCGGCGAUUUUUGUAUGUUAUGAACAUGCAGUUCAUUAUUUUGUGGUUCUAUUUUACUUUGUACUUGUGUUUGCUUAAACAAAGUGACUGUUUGGCUUAUAAACACAUUGAAUGCGCUUUAUUGCCCAUGGGAUAUGUGGUGUAUAUCCUUCCAAAAAAUUAAAACGAAAAUAAAGUA